AUGCUGGAAAAGGAUGGCAGAAUUGUAAAGCAGCUCGUCCACUGUUCCCUGCUCGUGAAGAUCGCCUUUCUCUUCAAUCGCAACGCCGAUAAUUCAGUUUCAUGUUCAUAUUUUCAUAACUGUAUAUGUUCAUCUUAUCAUACAGUUUGGGUCCUUGAACUUUGGAACACUGAAUCCCUACUACUCUCCCCCCAUAAAGGCUCCGCCGCCGGUGCCGUGGCCUGCAUCGCAUGCCCGACGCUCUACGCCUACCUGAAGAAGACGGACCCCGGAGUGCCCGCGCAGCUGCUGGAGUACGACGAGCGGUUCGGGCAGUACGGCUGCGACUUCACCUUCUACGACUACAACCGACCGGAGGAGCUGCCGGCGGCGAUGAAGCACGCCUACCGAGUCAUCGUUGCCGACCCUCCCUAUCUGAGUAAGGAGUGCUUGGAAAAGUUUGCCAAAGCAGUAUCUUUCCUCGCACGACCUGAAGGUUCAUUCCUGCUGCUACUCACAGUAUUUUUUAAUUUCAUUAUCUCGUUCGGCGGCGGCAUCCCGGACGGGCACAGCCUGCACACCGGCGGGCAGGUCGUGAAGGCACCCACCAUCGAGCAGAACCUGUCGUGCAACCUUGAGUAG